AUGUCUGGACGUGCUGGAAGACGGGGCCAAGACCUGCUGGGAGAUGUAUAUUUCUUUGAUAUCCCAAUGCCGAAAAUAGAACUCAUAAAAUCCAAAGUCCCUGAGCUGAGAGGGCAGUUCCCUUUCAGCAUAACCUUGGUGCUGAGACUCAUGCUGCUGGCUUCCAAGGGAGAUGACCCAGGGGACGCCAAGGCAAAGGUGCUGUCAGUGCUAAAGCACUCACUGCUGUCCUUCAAAAAGCCCAGGGCUGUGGAAAUGUUAAAGCUUUACUUUUUGUUUUCUUUGCAGUUCCUGAUAAAAGAGGGCUAUUUAGAUCAAGAAGGUCAUCCAACAGGGUUUGCGGGACUCGUAUCACAUUUGCAUUAUCACGAGCCUUCUAAUUUUGCUUUUGUCCAUUUUCUUGUAAGAGGCCUUUUCCAUGAUCUCUGUCAGCCAACCAGAAAAGGAUCAAAAUGUUUUUCUCAAGAUGUUAUGGAAAAGCUGUUGUUGGUAUUGGCACAUCUGUUUGGAAGAAGGUAUUUUCCAGCAAAUUUCCAAGAAGCUAAUAUCAAGUUUCAUCAAUCAAAGGUGUUCCUGGAAGACCUUCCUGAGGAUUUUGAUGCUGCUUUACGAGAGUAUAACAAGAACAUUUCAGAGGAUUUUGCCUCUUUCCUACGAAUUGUUUCCAAAUUGGCUGAUAUGAAACAGGAGUAUCAACUCCCAUUGUCGAAAAUAGAUUUCACAGGGGAAAAAUGUGAAGACUCCCAACUUGCAUCUCACCUGAUGAACUGCAAGGAAGGAAGAGUAGCUGUUUCUCCAUUUUUUUGUCUCUCGGGGAACUCUGAUAGUGAUUUGCUUCAACCAGGAACUCCAAACCAUGCCAUUGUGGACACAAUCAAUAUCAAUCAUAAUCAGGCUCCUAUGCUGAGUUCAAAGAAAUAUGAUUGCCAAGGAAGAAGAAUGCCUCUUAAUGCUUAUGCACUGGAUUUCUAUAGACAUGGUUCCCUGACAGGAUUAGUCCAGGACAACAGGAUGAAUGAAGGAGAAGCCUAUAACAUGUUGAAAGAUUUUGCACUCACCAUUAAAAGUAUCAGUGUUUCCUUGAGAGAGCUGUGUGAAAAUGAAGAAGACAAUGUGUUAGCAUUUGAACAGCUGAGUGAAACCUAUUUUAAUAAAUUUAGUGUUGUCUAAAAACAAACAUCGGGCCUCCCUGGUGGCACAAAGGUUAAGAUGCAAC